AUGAUGACAAAACAGAACAGCUCAUCCUUUUGCAUGUGUCUCUCUCUCAAACUCUCUCCUCUCUCCUCUCUCUCUCUCUCUCUCUCAAACUCUCAAACUCUCAAACUCUCUCUCUCAAACUCUCUCUCUCAAACUCUCUCUCUCAAACUCUCUCUCUCUCUCUCUCUCUCAAACUCUCUCUCUCAAACUCUCUCUCUCAAACUCUCUCUCUCUCUUAAACUUCAUUCUUCACACACUCUCACUCUCUCGCUCUCUUGCUCCUCCGUGAAAGCCGUCGAGACUGCUGCUACGCUUGAUGAACGCGAUGCUUACGGCGCGACCCCCUUGCAUUGGGCCUGUUUCUCUGGCUACGCCCCCCUCGCAUCGAUGAAUCUGGACAUUGUCGUUCUGGCCCUCCUCAUGGCGGGUGCAGACCCAAAUUCUCGCAACCAAAAAGGCGCUACGCCCGUUCAUUGGGCUGCCUUUUCUGGGAGCCUUAACGCCUUGUUUGCUCUCCGGGCACACGGUGCCAACAUGUCCGUCAUUGAUACCGACGGCAACUCAGCCCUCCAUCGGGCAGUGCAACGUGGGCACUUGAUGCCAUGCAAAUUUCUGCUCGAUCGACCGAUGUAUCGCUUCAAAAUGGAUCCUCUCAUGGCCAACAACGAGGGCUGGACGUGCGUUGACACUGCCGAGCGCUACAACCUGCAAGACAUCCGCACGGAAUUGAUGAAAGUGGUCAAAAGCCAGAACAAUCGUCUCAGCAACCCUAACAAUCUCUAUUAUGGAUACAUGGCAUCGACGCUGGUGUGCUUUGCCUUGUGGUUUGGCUUCCUUUGGCCCGCAACAGAUGAGCGCUUGUAUGGUUUGAAUCGAGUGUGCUUUGCACUUCUCGUCGUCUGGCUUUUGAACUGGUACCGCACCAGCUCGAUGGAUCCCGGUACGGUGCGGUGCUCAGUGCCACGGGCUGAGCUGAAGCGCAAGUUGCUCGAGGGACCAGAGCUCAGUGUGGAUCCGAAGCGCAUCUGCUUCACCUGUGGUAUUGAACGGCCGCUGCGAUCAAAGCACGAGCCUUUUACAGACAAGUGCUACCACCGUUUUGAUCAUUACUGUGCUUGGAUGGACGCCGUGGUGGCUGACGACAAUCAUCGCAACUUUGUCUUUCAUUUGUCACUGCAAAUGCUUGGUCAUCUCCUCUUUCUCUAUCUGUGCAUCGUGGCGGGUCAGCAACUCGAUGUCAUGGGAUCGCCUCUUAUCACGCUUGCCAUGGUUGCCUCCGUGGCCAUCAACAUCUUUGGUGUUAUGUUUGCGGGCCAAGUGUGUCGGGGUCAAUGGAAACAGGUGCUCAUGGACGCGACGACCAAUGAGCUGCUUAACAUUGAGAAGCCGCCCUACAAGUACAUGGUUCCUGCGGGUGGCACAACCGUCGAAGUAUGGGAGGGAUGUCUUGCAAUCACGUGCGAGCGUCUGUGA